AUGGCUGCAUGUUUGUUUCCCGCUAUACUGAAUCUUGCCAGUAAUGCCGUUAUUACCACUAAUGCCACAUGUGGUGAAAUGGGACCAGAAAUGUUUUGUAAACUUGUAGAACAUGUGCCAGGGAGGCCAAUACGCAACCCUCAAUGUAGCAUCUGUGAUGAGAACAGUUCCAAUCCCAAAGAACGGCACCCGAUAACCAAUGCAAUCGAUGGCACUAAUGAUUGGUGGCAAAGUCCCAGUAUUCAGAAUGGCAGAAUAUAUCACUGGGUCACCAUAACACUGGAUUUAAGACAAAUCUUCCAAGUUGCAUACAUAAUAAUUAAAGCAGCAAAUUCCCCACGGCCAGGUAACUGGAUAUUAGAACGUUCUCAGGAUGGUGUUGAGUUCACGCCUUGGCAGUAUUAUGCAAUCAGUGACUACGAGUGCUUGAGUCGAUACAACGUGACACCAAGACUUGGGCCACCAACGUACAGAAGGGAUGAUGAAGUGAUUUGCACGUCAUUUUAUUCAAGACUUGUGCCACUGGAACAUGGAGAGCAGCCAUUCAUCACCUACUGUCUGAUAGUGAAGAGAGUUUGCGCGGUGUUUGGAGGUUUAGUAAAAUUUGAAGAAGGUAGCAGACAAAGGCUUUUCGAUAAAUCUUGCCAAUGCCAUCCUGAAAGCUCUGUUUCAGGCAUUUGUCACCACGAGACUGGCAUAUGUGAAUGUAAACCAAAUGUGUUUGGAAAAAGAUGCGAUCAGUGCGUGCAUGGAUUCUACGGUUUGACGUCUGGCAUUGGAUGUCUCCCCUGUGAUUGUAACGAGUCAGGCUCCGUUUCAGAUGCUUGUAAUGAUGCCGGGCAGUGCACCUGCGUACCUGGAGUAGCUGGACUCAAGUGUGAUGUUUGUGCCCAUGGAUUUUAUGCAUACCAGGAUGGCGGCUGCACUCCUUGUGACUGUGCACACACCCAGAAUAACUGUGAUCCUGAGUCUGGAGAGUGCAUCUGCCCUCCUCAUACGCAUGGACCCAAGUGUGAAUUCUGUGACACCAACUACUGGGGUCAUGAUCCAGAACUUGGAUGUCUGGAAUGUAACUGCAGCAAAGAUGGGUCCAACAGCCUCCAGUGUGACCUUUCAACUGGCCAGUGCCAUUGCAGAAAGGAAUUUGGUGGACAGAGCUGCAGCGCCUGCCUGUUUGGAUAUAGGAAAUAUCCCGAGUGCGUUUCUUGUGACUGUGAUCCCGAAGGCACGCAGUCUGCAUGGUGUGAUGAUGAACGGAAGGUGUGCAGCUGCGUGGAAGAGACCGGCGAAUGUGCUUGUAAGGACAAUGUGGUUGGAAGUUAUUGCAACGAGUGUAAGGCUGGCACUUUUGCUCUUCAUGCUGAGAAUCCACUGGGCUGUUCCCUCUGUUUCUGUUCUGGAGUAUCCCAGCUUUGUGCCGAAAUGGAAGGCUAUGUCCGCAUACCUAUUUUGGCCUACGGUGGAAUGCUGUCAUAUGUCAUUACUUAUUAUGCUCUGGGAGAUUCUGGUUCCUCUGAUUUUGAGCCGAAGAUUUUAAUGAAAGGUGGGAGCGCCAGCAAACUGAUUAUAUCUAUGUACACCCCUGCUCCUGGAAACGCGGUGAGAACGGAGAUUCAAGCCAGCAUGACAGAGAAUAACUGGAGGUAUUUUGAUUCUGAACAGACUGUAACAAGAUCAGAUUUCAUGUAUGUUUUAAACAACAUUGAUUACAUUCUAAUCAAAGCAUCUUAUGGAUAUGGAUUACAACAAAGCAGGAUCUCUAAUAUAUCAAUGGAGAUUGCGGUGGAGGCAUCAGACAUGCAUUCUGGCCGAGAAGCUGCUCAUCUCAUUGAGGUCUGCGAGUGCCCCCCUGGUUAUAGAGGACUUUCAUGUCAGGAGUGUGCACCUGGAUACUAUAGAGAGAAGCUCUCAGAAAUCAGUAUCUUAGGGUUACGUUUCCAAAACCCUCCCUGUGUCCCCUGUCAGUGCAGCAACCACAGCGAGAUCUGUGAUCCAGAUACUGGCAGAUGCAUGGACUGCCAAGAUAAUACAGCUGGUGACCACUGCCAUCUAUGUGCUCCUGGCUACUAUGGGAAAGUAACUGGGUCAAUUGCAGAUUGCUCAUUGUGUGCUUGUCCCAAGGGCAACAGCCAGAGUUUUAGCCCCACAUGCGUCCUAGAAGGUAUUAAUGAUUUCCGUUGUGAUGCCUGUCUACCUGGAUAUGAAGGGCGAUACUGUGAAAGGUGUUCUCUUGGCUACUACGGAAAUCCAAAUGAGCCUGAUGGCUUCUGCCAGAAAUGUGACUGCAACCCAAGCGGCUCAUUGAAUAAUGAAUGUGAUCGGCUAACCGGCCAGUGCAUUUGCAAAACAGGAGUAACUGGCCGUCUUUGUGAUACUUGUGAAUUAAGACACAUUCUUUUGGAAGAAGAAUGUAUAUCUUGUGAUGAUGAUUGCACUGGAACCUUACUUGAUGAUUUGGAUAGUUUGCACCAGGCCAUCUUCUCUUUUAAUAUGACCGGUAUUGGUAGACCACCUCAUCAAACUCUAUUCAACUUGGAAAAUGUGACAAAGCACUUUAAGGAGUCUGUGCCAAUAAGAGUCAGCCCAAUAAUAUCCCUGGACAAGACAAUGGAGCAGCUCAGUUCUUUGUCUAAAGACACCCUCCAACUUGAGCAGCACAUGGAGCAGGUGAUAGGUGAUGGAGAAGCACUGAACAAUGCCACCAUCAGAACUCUGAAUAAGACUCAAGAGUUAAUCGGCUUUAUUGACAAAAUGCAAACGACUAUUCAAGUAUUGGUGGAAGUGGUCGAAAGCCUAAAUGAGACGAGCAUUGAUACACAGCUCUCUGACAAUUUGCAAUUAAAUUAUGAGGAUGAUGUCUCCUUAAUGCUCAGUUCUAUGAGGUCGAAAUAUUUUAAUGAUCAAAGUCAAGAUGCUACCAAAACCCUCAAAGUAUCAGAAGGCUAUCUACACAGAGUUGAGAAAGAAUAUGAGAAGCCACACCAAGAUUUAACAAAGUUAAAAAAUAGUCUUGAAAAUGCCCUCGCACAACGUAACAACAAACUACUGGCAGCGGAGGAUUUGCUGUAUGUGGCAUCUGCAAACACCAACAACACCAACGAUCUGCUGGUCAUUAUACAAAGAAAUCUGGCUGAUUUGAGGACAAAAAAACACGACCUUCAGGAAAAUAAGAACCGUUCUGUGUUGUUGAUUGAGGAAGGUCUUGGGCUGGUGGAUGAUGCAGUUUUGCUUGCAGAGGACACCAUUAAUGCUACAUCUGUUUUGGAGACCCACCAAGAGGAGCUUCUUCUUUGGAAUUCUAAACUGAGACACCAUGUAGAUCGUCUGGUAAUGCAGAUGGCCAAAAGAGACGCACUUGACAUGGUCUAUAAGGCAGAAGAUUAUGCAGCUGAACUACACAAACUUUCUGCUUCUCUAAAUAGUUCUCUUUUAGAUGUAAGGAAUGCCUCUUUGAAUGCCACCAGUGCGAUCCAUUCUCACACAGAUAUCAAAAAUAUGAUUGAGCAAUCAGAGGUUCUUGCAGAACAGUGUAACCACACAGUUACAGGAGUUUCAGGGGCAAAUGGAUCUUUACAAGUUGCACCAAAAAAUUCUAUGAAGUUCAGCACACAACUUCUGAAUGAGGCCAAAAAUUUAAGUCUUAGCACGGAAGGUCUUGUGUCUGAUUUGAACGAUCUGAAAACAAAAGCAGAUACAAUACAAAAACGCACUCAUGCAUUUACACGUCAAAUAAGUGAACAGCUUCUGGCUCUGAGAAAUUUACCAAAUGAUACCAGUGAGAAACUACAAGAUGCUAAAGAGCUUGCCUUGUCUGCCAAUGUCAGUGCAGCUGGCACUUUAAACCAUAUCACGAACUUCAACCAAAAGGUGUUAACUGCGUCCUCUGCGCUGUCCAAAGUCAAUGACACGCUGCGGAAAACCAACGAGCUUCUAGCGGACUCAUCCAAGACGGCGGUAACAGCGGAAAGCAGAAUUAAAGAAGUGGAAACACAGGCCAACAUUUUAUUGGAUAGACUGAAACCCUUGAAAUUGCUUGAGGAAAACCUAAGCAGAAAUCUAUCUGAAAUUAAAGAGCUUAUUAGUCAGGCCCGUAAACAGGCCGCAUCGAUUAAAGUGGCUGUUUCAGCCGACAGAGAUUGUGUACGCUCUUACCACCCAGAGCUCUAUUCUACACAUUUCAGCACUCUAACUCUUAAUGUUAAGACCGGCGAGCCGGACAACCUGCUUUUCUACCUGGGCAGCAGCACGAAAGCUGACUUCAUGGCGGUAGAAAUGCUGAAAGGCAAGGUUUCCUUCCUUUGGGACCUGGGCGCAGGAUCUGUAAGGCUCGAAGAACCUGAUAUCCAGAUAAACAAUAACAAGUGGCAUAAAAUACACGCAACAAGGUUUGGUAAAUCAGGUUCAUUGACUGUGGAAGAAAUUGGCACUUCUCAGAAGCCCACAGCCAAAAUGUCAUCUUCACCUGGUACAUCAUCCAUACUCCACAUCGAUAACUCAACAUUGAUGUUUGUUGGGGGAAUAGGAGGACAAUUACAGAAAUCAACAGCAGUCAAGACCACAGAUUUUAAAGGUUGCAUGGGCGAGGCGUUCCUUAAUGGGCACUCCAUUGGUUUAUGGAACUAUGUUGAGAGAGAGGGCAAAUGUGGUGGAUGCUAUGGAAGCCCACGAGAAGAAGAAACUGCUUUCCAUUUUGACGGCAGUGGAUAUUCUAUUGUAGAGAAGACGCUUCGUUCCACUUCAUCUCAGAUAGUUAUCCAUUUCCGAACAUUCGCUCCAAAUGGCCUUCUUUUGUAUCUUGCUUCCAAUGGAACACGAGAUUAUUUAUCUAUGGAAAUGGUGGACGGUAAACUGAGAGUAUCUGUCGAAUUGGGAUCAGGACCUCUGAUACUGAUGACAGAUGGACGCUAUAAUGAUGGAGCAUGGCAUAAAGUAGCCUUCCAGCGCAACAGGAAGCAAGGUAUACUGGCUGUGAUGGAUUCCUACAACUCAACCCAGAGAGAAACCAAGCAAGGAGAAGCUCCAGGCGUUGCUUCAGACCUUAACCGGUCAGAUAAGGAUCCUAUUUAUAUUGGUGGACUUCCCAGAUCCAGGAGUGUUAGAAAACAGCUUAGCAGCAGGUCCUAUGUGGGCUGUAUAAAGAACUUGGAGAUUUCCCGCUCAAAUUUUGACUUGGUAAGAAAUGCCUAUGGUGUAAGAAAAGGCUGUAAACUGGAGCCAACUCGUAGCAUUACCGUUUUAAAAGAUGGCUACGUGGAAAUGCAGCCAGUAUCAUUGGCAGCAGAAUCAGAGCUAAUGGUAUCGUUCUCCACACUCAAUGAAUCUGGAAUUAUCGUGGCUGGAUUUGGCAAGGGAGCGGAAAAACUCAGUCACAGGCAAGCUCUCUUGCCAUUCUUUGCUAUAAUGCUGGUGAAUGGACAUAUUGAAUUCCAUAUCAACCCUGUGGAUGGUGCCAGCACAAGAAAGGUCAUCAUCAAAUCUCCUACUGGAACCUUUAGUGAUGGACAAGAACACUCUAUUAUUGUCAUCCGGAACAAGAGACUUGUGAAUGUACAAGUGGAUGAAGGAAAACCUUCCGAGGUGAAGAUGAACGGACCAUCUGUCGAUUCCAUCUCUAUAAAUGCUUCCAAUUUUUAUGUCGGUGGCGUCCCUGGUAAAAUGGGUACAGCCCCCCUCAAAACAAGCCAGUCUUUCUACGGAUGUAUACGCAAUCUGGUUGUAAAUAUGGAGCAGAUGGAUUUCACCAAUGUCCUGAAAUAUGAGGGGGUUCAUAUGGAUAGCUGCAUGCUGUCAGAGAAGCCUAAAUCCAUUGCCCAGCUGGAAGUGGAAGUUCUGCCGACUGCAACGCCUGCUCAGCCUGUCACAGAGAGAAAAUUAACUACCCCCAUACAGAAAUCAUUUGUAACUAAGCCAUUGCAGUGUGCACUGGAGAUGAAGCCGGACCAUGUGCCAGAUGCUCACCAGUUUGGCCUCACUCAGGGAAGCCACAUUGUACUGCCUUUUGACCAAUCAGCUGUCAGAAGAAAACUCUCUGUACAGAUAACUCUCAGGACAUAUGCCACCAGUGGUCUUAUUUACUAUAUGGCUCACCAGAACCAGAUGGAUUAUGCUGCACUUCAACUUCAUGAAGGGAAACUUUAUUUCUUAUUUGAUAUGGGAAAAGGACGGACUCAGGCUUUCCAUACGGCUGUUAUUAAUGAUGGAAAGUGGCACACAGUAAUAACAGAAUAUUAUAAAAGAAAAGGUACGAUUACUAUUGAUGGUCAGGAAUCAGCAUCAGUUAGUGCUCCAGGGGACAGCAAUACUUUGGAUGUGGAAGGGAAGCUUUAUCUUGGUGGGCUUCCACUAGACUAUACAGCGAAGAGCAUUGGGAAUAUCACACACAGUGUCCCAGCAUGCAUUGGCAAAGUUGCCAUUAAUAACAAACAACUGGAUAAGGAGAGCGCUAUCUCCAUACACGCAGUAAAUAAGUGCUACGCAUCCGUCCAAGAGGGAACUUACUUUGAUGGAACUGGAUUUGCUGCCCUUGUUAAAGAGGGGUACAAAGUCCGCUCAGACGUAAACGUGUCUCUCGAGUUCCGCACUACGCAGAUGAACGGUGUUCUUCUUGGAAUUAGCAGCGCAAAAGUUGAUGCCAUUGGCCUGGAAAUCAUACAUGGCAAGGUUUUGUUCCAUGUUAAUAAUGGUGCCGGCAGAAUAACAGCAGUGUACAAGCCAGAGAGCCCCAGCUCUUUAUGUGAUGGCAAGUGGCAUAAGCUUCAGGCCAGUAAAAUUAAACAUCGCAUUGUCCUUACGGUGGAUGGAAAUGUUGUGAAUGCAGAGAGCCCACAUGUCCAGUCAACCUCUGCAGACACUAACAAUCCGAUUUAUGUUGGAGGCUAUCCGGCUGAUGUGAAGCAAAACUGCUUGACCAGCCAGACCUCAUUCCACGGAUGCAUACGCAACAUGAAACUGGUGAAGGGCACGCAGACCGAAGCCAGUGAUUUCAGCAAAGCCUUUGAAAUGCGCGGAGUCUUUCCUCAUUCCUGUCCUGGAACAGAACAAUAA